UGCAAGAUGUCUGCCAUUUCGUUUAACGCUACCUCGCUUAGUUGUUCGUAAAUCCGACUUUUGUCUCGCAACAAAACCAUGCCCCAGAGGAAGGAUUGAAGAAGGAUUUACYUCCAGUGCGAUGGCUKUAGCUAAAGAACAGUAGGAAAAGGARCAAUAGGAGAAAAAGGCAGYGAACGAAGUCGCUAAAAAWKUUUGGGCCGGGCUGCCUAUUUAUUAUUUGCUUUAGCCGUUGCUACGGCUAUAUAUAAUUUGUGACAGUUCGUAUACAAAGGAUCUGUGUGAAAAGAGAAUAUUUAGACACAUUAGAGCGACAUCAGCGGUUAAAUGAAGCUAUGAAUUUGUAAUCCGUUCCUUUGAGCAUGUCAACUUAUGCCCAAGGCAACGGCACAAGCAGAAAGAUUUCGACUCCGAGUAAGCGAGCUUGGGAAGAAGAGCAACGUACUUUAAGCGAUUCAAAGCGAAAUUCAUCUCAAAACGACUCAAAUACGGUUCCAGAGAAUUCCAAUAGCUCUAUAGCAACGACAAGAAAAGAGAGUAGUGUGAAGAGCAUGGACGGUGCAGCGUCAGGAGGAGAAAUUCGACUUAGAAGUGUUGAGCUUGGAGUCGAAGACGCAAACUUGCAGUCCGUCAAUAUGGCAAAAGGAGAUAAAAAUUCGUCUCAAAUCGAUAAUACAAAUGGAGAACUCACGGUAUCUGUCAAAAAUGGAUCCAAAUCGAGAGAAAAAGAUUUGGAAAGGGCAAAUAACAACGACGAUGACGACGAAUGCACUGAUGAUUCUUUUGUCGGUCACUGGAAAUUGUUUACUCGAGUUUUGAAGUCCAAACGAUUUGACUCCGARAAACUAGAAAGUCUCUAUCAGCGAUACCUCUUUUGCUUAAAUCAAAAGUUUACAAGUUGGUUGGUAACUAUUUUGGUAAUUCUGUGUUUUUGUCUGGUCGGCUUUCAAUUUGGAAUGGAGGGACGCCAUACCACGAAUAUCGAGGGAUUUAUUAUGCUAGCUUUCACUGUAAUUUACUUGAUUCUUGCAGUUAUAGUGAAUCGGAGUGGUUCUUCCGAUAAACAAAUGUCAGACUCAUCGCAAAAGCAACUUCGUUGGGUGUCAUACGCUUUGUUGUUGCUGUCUUGUGGAUUUGUUCUGUCGACGGUACUUUGCCCGAUCGGUGAUAGUGAGCGUAAUAGAGGGUACUCGCCAACGGAUGGAGUAUGGAUAACCAUAUUUUUUAUUUAUAUGACAUACACUAUGCUGCCUGUCCGAAUGAGAAUCGCUGUAUUUGGUGGAUGCGUGCUUCUCACACUGCAUCUCGUAUCAAGCGCCUUCCAGAAUUCAGAGAAUGAAAAUCUCUCCAGAUUGCUUCUUGCCAAUCUAUUUCUGUUUAUAUGUGCAAAUCUUACUGGAGUGUUUACGCACUACCCCACCGAGAUAUCACAGAGACAAGCCUUCCUUGAGACAAGGAGAUGCAUAGAGUCAAGAUUAAUAAGUCAAAAGGAAAACCAAAACCAGGAACGUCUUUUGCUGUCUGUUUUACCUAGAAAUGUAGCAAAGGAAAUGAAAGAUGAUAUUGAAAAUGGAAGAUCYGAGAAAAAGCAAUUCCAUAAAAUCUAUAUCAAAAGACAUGAAAAUGUCAGUAUAUUGUUUGCUGAUAUUGAAGGCUUCACUGUGUUAUCGUCCAUGUUUACUGCCCAGAAUCUUAUCAAGACACUCAAYGAACUCUAUGCCAGAUUUGACCAGUUGGCUGUUGAGAAUCACUGUUUGCGGAUCAAGAUUCUGGGAGAUUGUUACUAUUGUGUGUCAGGUCUUCAAGAACCUCGCCCUGAUCAUGCUCAUUGCUGUAUUGAAAUGGGACUGGCGAUGAUUGAUGCCAUUUCAUAUGUACGUGAUGCAACCAAGGUCAACCUCAACAUGAGAGUAGGCAUUCACCAAGGAAGAGUACAUAGUGGUGUCUUAGGAUUAGUCAAAUGGCAGUAUGAUGUAUGGUCUAAUGACGUCACCAUAGCCAAUCACAUGGAAUCUGGUGGUUUACCAGGGCGUGUUCAUAUAACUAAGGAUGUCCUUAGCUGUUUGAAUGGAGACUACGUCGUAGAAGAGGGAAAUGGCAAAGAUAGAGAUUCAUUCCUAAAACAAUACAACAUUCAAACAUAUCUUGUUGUUGCAAAUGAAUCUGUGAAGGUAUAUAAAAUAACAAGAGAAGAGGAUCAAAAUAAUAAGAUGAUCAACAGACUUGGUAUUAAAGACCAGCAAGACACUGAAGAUGAAGUCAAUAAUUUCUUAGCAACAUCAAUAGAAUCAAGAAGCAUUGAAAGGCUGCGCAAGGAUUUUGUAAAAGCACUGGCCUUAACAUUCAAAGAUAAAGAAAAAGAAGAUUUGUAUUCAAAAGAAAGAGAUCACAUGUUCAAGUUCUACACGUCGUGUGUGUUCCUCAUCUUUGUGUUCAUUUUUGUGGUUCAAGUCAUUAUUUUACCCAGAAGUGUAGUAACCCUUGCAGUUUUUGUGACAGCAUUUGUGGCAAUAUUUGCUUUAUAUACUAUCAUMAUUGCAGAGAAGUUCAUGUCAUUUCCAAGUUGUAUGAGGAAUUUGUCAACCAAGAUUUGCAACUCCAGAGUGAUUUGUCAUGUGAUUGCAUCUGUYCUUAUUAUGACGAUAUAUAUUGCUGCCAUUGGAGGAAUGUUUGGUUGCGAAAAAGCCAUUCAACUUGCUAUUGAGAAUAGUGCCAAUCAGACAUGCAAUGAUUCUCAUAAACUCAAUCCAGAGAAUCUUUCUUGUGAUUACCCACAGUAUUUUACAUUCAGUGUGACUCUUGUGAUGAUAGCUUGUGCUGUCUUUCUGCAACUGGGUACUCUCCAUAAGCUAUGCCUUCUAAGUAUAAUAGCAGGGACAUAUAUCAUUAUUGUACAAGUCUAUAGUAACGUCACUGAACAGUUUACACGCCAUGACGAAAUACAGUAUUGCUCUCUGAACGACUUUAUCAAGUGGGCCCAUCUUUCUAUUUUGAUUGUAUUAAUGUUCAUAUGUGCACUCACUGGACAUGGCUACUUGCGCGAGCAAAUAGCAAGACUAGACUUUCUCUGGAAGCUUCAGGCUACAGAAGAAAAGAAGGACAUGGAACAACUAAGAGAGUACAACAAGAAACUAUUGUACAAUAUCUUGCCCGUCCAUGUUGCACAACAUUUCCUUGGCCAGAAGUCGAAAAAGAAUGAGGAUUUGUACUACCAAUCCUGUGACAAAGUUGCUGUCAUGUUUUCCAAUAUCUGUAACUUUUCUGAGUUUUAUUCUGAACUGGAUGCCAAUGGUGAAGGAGUUGAAUGUCUGAGGUUAUUGAAUGAAAUCCUUGCUGAUUUUGAUGAGCUGCUGUCAGAACCUCAGUUCCAUUGCAUUGAGAAGAUUAAAACAAUAGGUGAAACAUACAUGGCUGCGUCAGGAAUCAAGCCUGAAUCACAGGAAAAGUUAGCAACUCUUAACCACGUUGUUCGUAUGGCUGACUUUGCCAUGGCAAUGAAACAGAAACUGUGUGAUAUCAAUAUACACUCUUUUAAUAACUUUCAAAUGAAAGUUGGUUUGAACUUUGGUCCAGUUGUUGCUGGAGUAAUAGGAGCUCAUAAACCUCAGUAUGACAUCUGGGGUGACACUGUAAAUGUUGCUAGUAGAAUGUACAGUACAGGCAAAUCAGAUUCCAUACAGGUAACAAAAAGCAUAUAUGAUAUCUUGUCAACACGUGGCUACACAUUCAAUUGCCGUGGACUUGUCGCCGUCAAGGGGAAGGGUAAAAUGGUGACUUAUUGGUUGACAGGAAAGGAAGGCAGUGGACCUUAAAUCAUCAAGCGCAUACGCAGGGUAUGGGAUCUAUAAGGGAUGACCAACUCUCUGAUGUUGGUUGUGCAUUGUGCUGUUAGCCACGACAGACACAAAUUGUCUCAUCAUGUAAAGACUAUGUAGAGUUUUACAGUAAUAUAUAAAAACUGCUGAUAAAUGGCCAUGGUAAAAGGCUAUCCAGAUCUCUGCUAUUAGAGAUUAAAGACUUUUUAGAAGGAGAUUGCAUAGUUUUGGGUGAACAUAAACUUGUAAAAUUGUGGUGUACAAAGUUUUCUGUUGUCCAGAAUGCUCAAUUUUGUUCAAAAUGUUCAUAGCACCAGCUGUUAGUCUUUGUUUGUUGUCCAUCAGAUGAAACUGGUUUGACGUGACAUUCAAAAGGCAGAAUUAUUGUGAACACUAGAGUAAUCACUUAAUGACAAUCUGUUGCAAAUGUUCCAGUUCAAUGAAGGUUGUGCUGUUACAGUCAUUUGAAAACACCAGGUGGUAUGUUCAUUCUUUAUCAAGAUGGUUCUGGUUAGUGUUAGUCGACAUGUGUGAUGUGCAUAUGCCACUUGUACUAAGAAAUCACAAGGCUUUUUGUAUGACAGGAACGUUUCUUCUGUUUUUACGCAACUGUCAUCCAAAGAGUCUCUUGAUUUCUUAGUGAAAACAUGAAGCUCAAAUAGAAUUAUUGCGAGGGUUAUUUUUAUAGAACAUAAGUUAUUAGACUGUGAAUUAUAUCACCCUGUACAUAACUAAAUAUUUGCAAUAUUAUAAUAUAUAACAAAAUUACAAGCAAGGUAUCGCAAGGGAAUGUUUUCUGCUUUGGGCUUCUUGUAGUGUAACCAUAGACUAGUACCCAGUCCUKAACUUUUUUUCAAAAUGCUUGAACUGAUUCAUGGGAAGGUGAGAGAAGGCAUAGCAGUUUCUCAUGUCUUGAACACAUUUGCUUCUCUCUUUCAGCAGCAAGCAAACAAUUUACAAAGGAAAGUCUUGUGUAUUUACAUUGUUUGUUCAUUGCUUAAAGAGAGAGGCAAAUAGGUGCAAGUCAAGUCUUGCCAGCCCAUCAUUUUAUUCAUUCCACAGCUUAAAAGUUUAACCCAAAGAAUUUCCUUUUAGUUCAAAAUCUGUUUUAUAAAUAGUUCUUUUUUGGAGAUCAAUGGGCUCUUCUCUAUAGGUUUGAUAUUCGUUUCAGAGCUGACUGCUAGAACUGGAGCUUGCUGUUCAAGUAAAGAUAAUAUAGUUUAUGUAUUAUUAUUUCCAUUGGUUAAAAAACAGCACAAUCUUAAAACAGCAAUAAUAUUUUAAAUAGCCCUUUUUAUUUGAAUUUGAUUGUAUAACCCUUUCAGCCAAUGAGCGAGCUUCCUUUCAAGUGAUUGACAGCUCAGUAAAAUCCAAUUGAAGGUUGAAGAAGACUUUGCAACAAUCUGUUUUCACAGUAAGCCUGCAGUGAAUAUUAGGUGGAUUUGGUAUUUUAAGAUUGUAUAUAAUAAUAGCCUAGUCAAGUAUACUGUAUUCUAUAAAUAUUAUCUGAUAUAUAUAAGUUGUUUUUUAUCUAACAGUAUUAUUGUAACGACUAUCUGUGGUUUAUUAGAAUGGGCUGUACCUAAAUUGGGUACCUUUGUUUAUGUAGUUUUUUUUAGCAGCAAGACAAAUAAAUAUAAGGUAAAAUGAGUGUCAGCUACUAUUGCUUCACUGGAAUAUUUAACUUAUACAAGACUUUUAUUAAUAACUUAUGGGAUUCAAAAAGUAUAUGUUAUUAGUAAUAUAUUAAUAGUAUAUCCCUCGUAAUGAGGACAAGCAUCAUCAUGUACAGGAAAGUUGUUUUUUUAUAGCUACUGUACGCGACUUAUAACUUAACAAGUCCACUUGAAAUUUUAUAAGGCACCUUAGGUUUAUGAUUUUAACAAGAAAAUCAAUGCAUAACAGACUAUGACACAUAAAGGCUUUGAUACAUUGGGCUGGAGUGAAAAUGGCAAAUGCUGCUAUUCACUGAAAAUCCAUACAAAAUCCAUGGAGGAGAUAUGCCUUUACUGAAACAGCAGUUUAGAGACAUUACAUUUCAUAGAGAAGUCUUUAAAAACCUACUUGUGUCAUUGGUUGUUAAUGUCUUGUUUAAAUCUGUUGUGAAUAGUAAGAAUUCAUUAGCCUUCGAGGUUGAUUAGCACCGUAGAAUACAAGGUUUGCCUACAACUGCUUAAAAAACACACAUUAUACAUAGAGCACACAUCUUGAUGACAUUUACCUAAAGAGUUUAAGACAGAAAUUGUGCAGUGUAAACUGUUUGAUCUGGGGGUGGGAUUUAUUAGGAUUUUAUUGUAAGUAUUGAGGACAGGUUUUUGUUGAUAGUGCACAUGUAUGAUACGAGUGAUUUUCCAAGCAACGUGGAGAGUUUUCCCUUGUUGAUAAAACAAGAAAGAGAACAAUGAGUUGUAGUACUGUAUGUUUGUUAUCACUCUAUCAUUGUGAAUUCUACAGAAGCACUCAAACCAAUCAUCCAUUGUCUACAGAAACAAUAGGACAAGUUAACAUUGAGUUACUUUUUUUAAGACAAAUGGAAUAUCUUUUGGGUCACAUUGCAAAAUAGUGUUUACUAAUUACCAUGUGAGGAGUCAAACACUUAGCAUUGAAUCAUUAACAGUCUUUUCCAUUAUUGUAAAUAGCAUAUAUAUUGACCAGCAAAACUGAUUUGUGUGAAAUAAAGCUUAAGCAUAAAUGUU